CAGAGUCGCAGACGCACACCUCACUUCAAGUGACAAACACGCUCCUACAACUGCGUCUGCGUAUAAUACAAUUCGCGAUUUUAUUAUUGACAUAAAUUCCAAACAAAUAAACAAAAGAGUGGUCGGCCGAUGCGCGAGCGCCACGCGACGCGUCACAUUAUCACGUUCAACGGAGCGCUGUUGAAGCUGAUCGGCUGAUAGUGUGGUGUGGAGGCGCGGGACCGCCGCCGGCGCACCGUGCGAGCCGUGAGCGCGGACAUUACUCGUGAACAUGUUGACAACGAGCGUCGUCGUAGUCCUGGCGCUGGCGCUCUGCAGCGCUGGCUCCAUCGGAGACCUGGACCCCAACACAGCAACCCUCGCCCCAGUUGGAGUUGCUGAGGAUAAUCAGCUCAACAGCACUCUUCCUGCUGAGCAAUACUUCAUUGACAAAAUAUUCGAUAAAUAUGGUGAUAAAGGAGUCAUUACGUUUGAGGGAUUUGAGCAUCUACUAGAUAGCUUAGGCCUCGGAGGACGUGUGUUUACAUCACCUCACGACCUGGCUAUCCAUCGCAUCAACGGGACCUUCCGACAACUACAUGACACACAGCACAGGCACCGCAGAUCACCUCCGGCCGUUGCAACAGAACCCAUACUGCAAAAAUCAUGCCUGUCUCCAAGGGAAAUUUUGGAGGUUUAUGGAAUGGAGAACGAGGCCCCGGGAGUCAUAACUAUCAAGCCCAAAACGUUCUUGGAGAUGUGCCCUGCUCUAGUGUACCAAUUAGACCAACGGUCUUGUUACAAAACAGAAGCACCUGCACCGAAGCUGGACAGGUUUUGGACUUGGAUUUAUGCCACUUUGAGCAUAUUAGUCAUCAGUGCCACUGGAUUGCUCGGAGUUGCUAUUGUUCCUUUGUUGAAGUCAGCGAUAUUCAGCCACGUACUACACUUCUUGGUAGCUAUAGCAGUCGGCACUUUGUGUGGCGAUGCGCUUCUACAUCUGCUGCCACACGCGCUCAAAUCACAUGGGCCUCCUUCAGCACCACAAGAAGAAACCGAAACUGUAUUAAAAUGCAGCGUCACCUUCCUUACGAUUUUAUUGUUCUACAGCGUCGAAGCAAUUAUGCAAACAAUUAAUGGUGGUGACGCUCACUCCCAUGAUUCUGGUAAAGAUGUUGCAGAAAUCAAACCAGAUUCCGGCAAACAAAUAGAACCAAUAGAACUUGGUGCAAUGAUGCCGGGCUCGCCACCUCCGCCCGUCGACCGGCCGAUGACGUCGACUGCGCUUAUGGUGAUUGUAGGAGACGGACUACACAAUUUAACAGAUGGGCUAGCAAUUGGAGCGGCCUUUAGUGGAGAUCCGGUAACUGGUUUCGCAACGGCAUUGGCCGUAUUUUGUCACGAGCUCCCUCAUGAGCUAGGCGAUUUCGCAGUACUAUUACGCUCUGGAAUGAGUAUCAGACGAGCCCUUUAUUAUAAUCUAUUAUCAUCUGUGCUUAGUUUUAUGGGCAUGGCUGGUGGAAUAUGGCUUGCGGAAGAUCAUGAGUCUGCUUCCCAGUGGAUCUAUGCGGCCACGGCUGGAACUUUCUUCUAUAUUGCUCUUGCAGAUUUAGUGCCAGAGAUUAAUGCUAACAAUCAUGGUAAAAGCAUUAACUUACUACUGGCCAUAUUAGGAAUACUUUCGGGUGGCAUUAUAAUGUUAAUGAUCGCUCUCCACGAAGACUCAAUACAAUAUCUUUUUAGAAAUUCAGAACAAUAAACACGUUAGUCAAUUUAAAAACAAUGCUCGGUUAUGAAUACUUAUAUGACGAAUGUGCUUGUGGAUUUAAGUGUGCGUUCAUUAUGUGAUGAAAAUGGUGUUUGAAGUGCAUGGUGAGAUAAUCUUGUCUGAUAUUUUAACAACGAUUGGAAGACAGCGAUGUCGCUCAACAAAAUGCUGAAGAUUACACGCUCAAUAGUAUCACGUAGAGUCAGUGAAUGGUAGUGAGUUUUGUAAAAAGAAAAAACAAAUUUUGUAGUAGGUACAGUACAUGUUAUGUGAUAAUAUUCGUACUCAUGGUUGUUAAAAUGUUUAUUUGUAUAGUAUUCGUGUUUAAGUAUACGUAUUUACCCGCUUAGGUAUAUUUAAUUUAGUUGAUGCUGUUUUUCAAAUACAUUUUGAUACAAUAGGGACACUUUCUACUCUAGAUUUUUGUAACUCAUAGAUAAUGUAACUGGUAAAUGUGUGUUUCAUUUAAUAUGUGCACAAGUAAAGUCUCUGUUUGUUUUACUAUAUUAUUAUGUAAUCACAAAUUUAUGGGUUCAAUAACAGAUAAGUUUAGCUAUUAAGUUUUUACUUUAGUUAAUAAGCUAGUUUUUAGAUUUAG